AGAGUGCGCUGCGAGCGCUGAAAGGAACCUUCGAAAAUGCCCACUCGAAAUUAUAUUUUCGAAAAAAGGGGAAAUUUGGCGCGAAAGAAAUGACAAAUUGAGGUUAGAAUUGCAGCUUGGCGUUGCAUCUGAAGAAAAACUCUUGUGAAAACUGUAUUUUUGUGUAGUUUGUGGAAAUUUAUUUGAAAAUGUCUCGAAGGGAUUACGCAGCAGAUCAUGAGACUAUCAAAACAUUCCUCACGGAUUUUUCCUAUGUCGAUGAUAGCGGUAAGAAAAUCUUCCGGUAUGCCGCACAGCUGGGGUCGUUGGCUCAUCGUGAGCAGGUGGCUAUCAACAUUGAGCUGGAUGACGUGAUGGAGCACUCGGCAACACUUGGUGAAGCCGUCCUGGAGAAUACGAGACGAUACACCAAAAUCUUUUCUGAUGUCAUUUCUGAGCUUUUGCCCUCGUACAGGGACCGCGAAGUUGUGGCCAAGGAUUCCCUGGACGUAUACAUUGAGCAUCGGCUAUUGAUGGAGGGACGCACGAGGAAUCCUCAGGAUCAUCACAAUAUCCGGAAUCAAUUCCCAGCCGAACUCAUGAGGCGAUUUGAGGUGAGUUUCAAGGCUCCCAGCAAUACCGUUGCCAUUCCCAUCCGGGACGUCAAGGCUGAGCACAUUGGGAAGUUGGUGACUGUUCGAGGAAUCGUCACGAGAUGCACAGAAGUGAAGCCGAUGAUGACAGUUGCGACGUACACUUGCGAUCGAUGUGGCUCUGAAACUUACCAACCAAUCAGUUCCCUGAGUUUUAUGCCCAUCACCGACUGCCCCUCCGAUGAUUGUCGCGUGAAUAAGGCUGGAGGACGUCUCUACUUGCAAACUCGAGGAUCAAAGUUCGUAAAGUUCCAGGAGAUCAAGAUUCAGGAGCAUAGUGACCAAGUGCCCGUUGGACACAUUCCACGCUAUCUGACCGUGAUGUGCAGAGGAGAGACUACGAGACAGGCUCAGCCAGGAGACCAUGUGAUCAUCACCGGAGUCUUCCUGCCACUCGUGAAAUCUGGAUUCCGGCAAAUGAUGGCUGGACUUUUGAGCGAUACUUAUUUGGAGACUCAUCGAAUUGUUUGCCUUAACCAAUCAGAGCACACUGAAGCUGACAAGAACGAAUUGACUCAAGAAGAGUUAGAUGAACUGUGUCAGGAUGAUUUCCUGACUCGCCUUGCCAGUAGCUUGGCGCCUGAAAUUUAUGGGCAUAUUGAUGUAAAGAAAGCCUUGCUUUUGCUACUUGUCGGUGGCGUCGAUCGACGUCCCGACGGAAUGAAGAUCCGUGGCAAUAUUAACAUUUGCCUAAUGGGAGAUCCUGGUGUAGCCAAGUCACAGCUACUGGGUUACAUUUCGCGUUUAGCAACUCGGAGUCAGUAUACAACUGGCAGGGGAUCAUCCGGAGUGGGUUUGACUGCUGCCGUGAUGAAGGAUCCCCAUACUGGGGAGAUGGUUCUUGAGGGAGGAUCCCUUGUUCUGGCCGAUCAUGGGGUAUGCUGCAUUGAUGAGUUCGAUAAGAUGUCUGAGCAUGAUCGGGUUGCGAUUCAUGAAGUAAUGGAACAACAAACUAUCUCAAUCGCCAAAGCUGGGAUCCUUACAACACUCAAUGCCCGAGUGUCAAUUCUUGCGGCAGCCAAUCCUGCCUAUGGGCGAUACAAUCCUAGGCGAACAGUUGAGCAGAAUAUUCAACUGCCAGCAGCCCUGUUGUCUCGUUUUGAUUUGCUGUGGCUGAUUCAGGAUAAACCGGAUAGGGAUAAUGAUCUGAGACUGGCCAAGCAUAUCACUUAUGUGCAUGCUCAUGGUCAACAACCACCGAGUCGCAUGAGAGCACUCGAUAUGAGUCUCAUGAGGCGCUACGUCAGCCUCUGCAAACGCAAGAAUCCUGUAGUUCCGCCAGAACUCACGGAAUACAUCGUUAAUGCCUACGUUGAACUUCGUCGGGAGGCUAGGAAUAAUCGUGAUAUGACGUUCACGUCUGCUCGAAAUCUCCUGGGUAUUCUUCGACUGUCAACAGCCCUGGCACGUCUUCGAUUGGCCAAUGAAGUUGAAAAGGACGAUGUUGCCGAAGCUAUUCGUCUACUGGAAAUGUCCAAGGAUUCCCUCAAUCAAAUGGAUCAUCGAUCUGGAUGGCAACAAAAUACUUCUGACAAGAUCUAUGCCCUUAUUCGGGAAGUUGCUCGUGACAUGAGAACUGUUAAGGUUUCCGACGUGAUGGAUCGAUGCACAACCAAGGGAUUCAAGCCCGAUGAGGUUGAUCGGUGCAUUGAGGAGUAUGAACAGCUCAAUAUCUGGCAGGUUAAUCAGACAAGGACCAAAAUUACCUUCAUUUAAAGUUAUUCUUUGGAUUACCCUUUUUUUACUUUUUCAAUCAAUGUUAAUUUUCACGUGUGGAGUUUUGAAUAAAAGAGUUAAUUCUGCA